ACUCAUUGUCUGUCAAAUUAUUGAUACAAACAAUGACAGUGACAGAGGAUUACAAAUAAUUCGUAUCAAACUUUAAAAGCGAAAGAAGCAAAAUGAGCUCCUUUCUUCGUAAUUUAACAAUAUCGUUUAAUGCACGCGAAAAUGCCAUAAAAGAAAAUCUAAUCAGCACUUUAAACGAAAAUGCCAAAGAAAUACAAUUCGAAUGUAAGGAACAGGACUCAGACUCUAUGGGAUUAAAUGAAUGUACAAGCUCUCUAUGUUCAACGUUAGAAGCAUUUUUCUUGCAUGGCUUGAAGGAUUCAUUCCUAUGGCAAACGAUAAAUGUUAUAAGCGGCACCGAUGUCGAUCGUCGUCCGGAGCCAAGUUAUUGGAGUCCUUUGUUAGUAUUUUUACACAAACAGACAAUCGAACAGAUCCAAGGAUUAUCGCAAAUAAACUCUGAAGUUGGGAACUGUCGCGCUUGGAUUCGUCUGAGUUUAAAUGAUGCCCUGAUUUCGUCGUACUUGAACAAUAUCCGCAAAAACAAUUCAGCUCUCAAUCCAUAUUAUAAGAAAUGUGCAAUCUUGAAAGAUAUUGAUACUCUGGAAAUCGCAGCUAAAAUUCUAGAAGGCAUCGAGGCAGCAGUACAAAUCAAUUUGCCAGCCAACUCGACGUUGCUUAAUCGCUGGAGCGAUUUACCUCUACAAAUGUCGGGAAUUUGGACGCCGCCAUUACGAUCUUGCGCGAUUGCCAGCGGUGUAGAUGUCGCGAGUUCACUAAGUGACGAAACAGCUCCAAUACCCACUCCUCAACCUUUACAUUGCAAUGAACUAUUCCCGGAAUCAAUUUCCAACUCACCGUUCAACCAGUCUGCCUUUCGAGCAACAGAAGAUCUCACGGAAAAAGAGCAUUUUCAGAUAUUUCUAACCAAAUUUGAUGAAAUUCACGAAAAUGCCGAUACUGAAAGCGAUAAACCAGACAAUGACACAGUUCCACAAGAGGGAGGAUCCCAUGCCCAAGAAUCCUCGAUGGAGACGUCUCAAGAUAGUGAUAGAGCGAUUGGAGGCAAUUCAUUGGCGUUGAAAACAAGCUGGGCCGGCUGUGAUCAGGAAACUUCCACGAAAAACAUUGCUGCCGAAUCCCUUACCAUAGCGAGCGACUCAACAAGUCAAUUUAGCCGCUCAAAUAGCAUGACCCAGUCUAUUAACUCAUUAAAGUCGCCAGUUGAUUAUCACAGCUACAACGCAUUACUUCGGAAACAUCGAAAAACGCGAGAGCUGGAUUGGAAUGAUGUCUGGGAACGUUUCGAGAGUAGUAUUGGUAUCACAGGGAAUGAUAGUGGCGUGGUGGUUAGCUCUACAAGUAAUUUAAAUACAUCUAAUUCAGAUGAGAGUGAGGAGGAUGCUGUUAACGGGAAUUCAACCGGGGAUUUUGGCUUUGAAAUUCUACCACAAUCGCUUAGUGAAAAAUUCACAACAGCCGAACUACAGGAAAUGGUCGAACAAGCAUGUAAACUAGCACAUGAACCUGGUUUGAAUACGCAAGGCUUUAUUUGUAAGUCAUGUGCUCAUCCAUUGGGGAUUGGCUUUGCAAUAGCACAAGUUUGCGCAUUUAGUGGACACUACUAUUGCGGAAAAUGCAUGUCUGUGGAACAAUUCACUAUACCGGCACGUGUUAUAUACAACUGGGACUUUCGUAAAUAUUCGGUGUCGAAAAAAGCAGCAGCAUUUAUGACAGAGUUUCAAUGUCAACCAUUUAUUGACUUAAAGAUUUUAAAUCCAAAAAUCUAUAACGCAUGUGAUGAGAUGGCUACAUUACAGUCGUUGCGUAUACGUUUAAAUUUUAUACGUGCUUACUUAUUCACGUGUUGCCAACCGAUCAUCGAUGAACUACAAAAGCAAGUAUGGUCGCGAGAGUAUCUCUACGAAUAUAUACAUUCCUACAGUAUGGCUGACUUGGCAAUGAUACAGCGUGGAACGUUAGCACAACUUUUACAAAAAACUGUUACAUUUGGCGAGCAACACAUUAUCAAUUGUCCACUGUGUAGCGUUAAAGGAUUUAUUUGUGAGAUUUGUAAUGGUCCGAAGGUGUUGUAUCCAUUUCAUUUGGAUACAACGUUUAGGUGUCAAAUCUGUGGAGCUGUUUUUCACGAUCAAUGUUUAAAUGAUUCUCAACCAUGUCCAAAGUGUGAAAGGAGACGAAAGAGGGAGGAUUUACCACUUUUUGAAGCUGUUCAUAUGCUUUAAUAUGUCUAGUUAUUUGUUAUAAAGAAUAAUAGUUAUACAGAAUAAAAUUGUCAUAAAAAAAUUACCAUUACACCCACA